AUGUGGUCGUUUCACCGUGUUCUUCAUCUUCUCCUCCUGCCGACACUUUGCCUAGCCGAAUACCCUAAGAUUGAUGAUGAAUUGAUUGCGAAAGCCAAAGCUGGGCAGUGGAUUUAUCUAGGUGAUGAAGACGAUACAAUGAUCAAGAUUGUGAGGAUGCAAAACGUUUUCCACAAGGACAUCUCAUACGGAGAGGCUGAACAGUUUUGUGAAGAAGAUCGGGGGCACUUGCUGUCUGUCCGAUCACAAGAGGAGGACACAUAUAUAUCAGGUAAUGAAUCGUCUCACCGACCUGAUGAACAGGGAAAUUUUGAAAUUGUCACUUGGGCACAUUCGCUGAUCUGA